AGAGCGAAAGAGUUCUGCCGCUACAAAAAAUAAAAAUAAAUAAGGCUAUAUAAUCCGAAGGGUUCUGCCGCUAUACCACUUAAACCCUUGAGGUUGAGGUUGAGGUUCAGGAUUUAUGAAUGAAUAUGCCUAUGCACUGUUUACCAAUCCGAUCGUAAAUUAGGGUUUAGCUUAACCACUGAUUCUAAAUGGCGACGCCGACUUCUCUCAACGGCAACGUCAUCUUCAUCGACACUAACCUCGAUACUCACUUGGUCCUCACCGUCUCCGAUCACGACACCGUCUCCGACCUCAAAAAGAGAAUCGUAUCGGAGCACACUUCAUGCUUUCCCAAAGUUGGUCAGAUACAAAUUCAUGGGAUUAAGGUUAAGCGCAGGGGUUACUUUUAUCACUUAUCGGAUUCGAUGGUUGUAAGAACUGCCUUUAUUGGUUUCAAUAAGAACUGGUUUCUUAGUGUUGAUGUUUCUGCAUUGGGAGAAUGUAAACAGAAUGAUCAUUUGUUUUCCCAUGCAUCAAUUGACAUUGCAAAUAAUGAUUUAAUUGGUUCUCCUGAUAAUGCUAUCGUUUUACCAUCCAAUCAUCAGUUGCAAUUGUUGGAGAAUAAACAAGACGAGGGGGAAGGGAUUCCCGUUGUUAGGACUGAAGGUACUGAUAAAGAUGCGGUUACAAAUUUGGAGGCUGGUGUCAAAUCAUCUGGUAACCGGAGCCAUUUAAAUCAUGAAGUUCCAAGUUUUCAUAUGGAAUGCGAUGUAGAUGGAAUUGGUAAAGGAAAUAAGGAUUAUCUUAAUGAUUGUGAGGAAGAACUUUCUGUAUCUGUGCAGAGUGGGAAGAAGAAAAAACGGAAGAGUAAAAGGAAACGAGAAUAUGACACUGUGGGAGAUGAUAAAUCAAACGAAGAAAUCCCUUCUGUUCACCCAUGUGUUUCAGAGCUCACUGAAAAAAAUGCAGUGAAAAAUUUGGAGAUGGAUCCAAGUUUACCUAGUGCAAGGAAAAAGCAUAAGAGUAAAAGAGAAAAAGACGGCACUAUGGAAGGUGAUAACUCAAAAGAUAACAUUGCUUAUGUUAAUAAUCCUGUCGGUUGUCCAUCCGAAAGGGCAUCCAGCUUCAACAAUUUUCAAGGGCCUGAGAACAAAAACUAUGAAAAAGAAGAAAUCCCUAUUGAUUGCCCAUGUGUUUCAGAGCACACUGAAAAAGCUGUAAAAAAUUUGGAGAUGGUUCAAAAUUCAUACAUUGAAUGUGAUGUAGAUGGAUCCAACAAAGGCAUCAAGGAUGGCCAUAUUGUAUGUGAGGAAGGAACUUCUGAACCCACACCAAAGGCAAAGAAAAAGAAGCUUAAGAGUACAAGGAAAAAAGAGGAAACCGUGGGAGGUAAUAACUCCAAAGAUAACAUUGCUUCUGUCGAUAAUCCUCUUGGUUGUCCAUCCGAAAAGGCAUCCAGUUUCAACAAUUUGCAGGGGCCGCAAUUGGAGAACAAACCUGAUGAAAAAGAAGAAAUCCCUUUUGAUCGCCCAUGUGUACCAGAGCACACUGGCAAAGAAGCUGUCCUAAAUUCGGAGAUGGUUCCAAAUUCACGUAUUGAAUGUGAGGAAGGAACUUCUGAACCCACACCAAAGGCGAAGAAAAAUAAGCAUAAGAGUACAAGGAAAAAAGAAGACACUGUGGGAGGUAGUAACUCCAAAGAUAACAUUGCUUUUGUCGAUAGUCCAUCCAAAAAGGCGUCCAGUUUCAACAAUUUUCAGGGGCCUCAGUCGGAGAACAAACCUGAUAAAAAAGAAGAAAUCCCUUUUGAUCGCCUGUGUGUACCGGAGCACACUGAAAAAGAAGCUGUCAAAAAUUUGGAGAUGGUUCCAAAUUUGCGUUUUGAAUGUGUGGUAGAUGGAUCCAAUGAAGCCAUUAAGGAUGAUCGUGUUGUAAAUGAGGAAGGAACUUCUGGCUCUGCACCAAGGACAAAGAAAAAAAAGCACAAGAAUAAAAAAAAAAAAGAAGAAGACACUGUGGGAGAUAAUAACUCCAAAGAUAAUAUUGCUUCUGUUGAUAAUCCUCUCAGUUGUCCAUCCGAAAAGGCAUCCAGUUUCAACAAUUUUCAGGUGUCUCAAUCAGAGAACAAACUGGAUGAAAAAGAAGUCCCUUUUGAUUGCCCGCGUGUACCAGAGCACACUGAAAAAGAAGCUGUCAAAAAAUUGGAGAUGAUUCCAAAUUUGCAUAUUGAAUGUGAGGCAGAUGGAUCCAAUGAAGCCAUUAAAGAUGAUCAUAUUGUAUGUGAGGAAGGAACUUCUGAACCAGCCGCAGCAAAAAAAAAAAAGCAUAAGAGUAAAAGGAAAAAAAAAGACACUGUGGGAGGUGACAACUCAAAAGAAAAUGAUGCUUCUGUUGUUGUACCAGUUCAGCAGUAUAUUACAGUCCCAAUCAUCUCUUCAGAGAAUGCAGAUAAAGAAGUAACAAAGGGAACCGAAGUUCUAGAGGAGCAUUGGCACACUAAGAAUGAUGAUAAGGCUCUGUCAAUGAAAGAGGCUUCAGAACUCAGUCCUGCUGUGAAAAAAGAGCAUAAGAAAAGGAAGAGAUCUCUGGCUCAUGAUUCUAGAGAACCAUUGAACGUAGCGACAGAAUCUCAAAAGGAUCAAGCACAAAUGUCUGACGGAGCUCACGGCGAAAGGAAAGAAUCAAAUGAUCAGUCUGAACUUAAUAACUACAAAUCUGGGGACGAUGUUGUACACAAGAACAAUAAGACUGAAGACAUUUUAGAUACCAGGUCUCCUGCAAAGAAAAGGAAGAAGAGCAAAGAGAGAAGUAAAGAAAAAAUUUUGUCCGACAAAAAAUUGGUUAACGAUUUUGAUGUUGACAAUUCUUCUCACCACCUUUUGGAGGGCCAGCAGAAUAUCAAAAACAGGAAGGCCGACCAAUCAGCUGAACAUUUUAAUGAUGGUGAUCAAGAUGAGAAAGCAGAUCAUUUCAGCACUCAAAGAGAAGGUGUUCAGGAGGAAAUACCUGUAGAUCGCCCAUUAUCUAAAGAUAUCAUCAUGAACAAAAUGACUCCUGACAAAAUGGAGAUUGGAACAGAUGCAUGCAAAGAAAGCAUACAGUCUACAACAAAAGAAACAGGAAAUCAUAAGAACCAAAGUGACAUAGAAAUGGAAAUACAGCCUUCUGAUGUGAAUGAAACCAAAGAUCUGAUGGAGGAUAACGAGAAUGUCGUCCUUGGUCAUUGUCAUGAAAGUGAAGUUGGUCAAAUCGAGGGAGCCGAGGAAGGAGUAGAAGCAUCCCCACAAAAUGAUUCUAAGCUAAUGCCAUCAGAAAGGUGCACACGAUCCGAGUCUAACCAGGAUAAAACUAAUGCAAACAUUAGAGAAUUAAAGGCAACUUCAAAUGUCGUGGACGUGAAUGGAAUGAAGGAACCUCUAAAACCAGGGAAGGAAAAAAAAGGGAUAAAAAUAGUUAAGAAUAAAGGUGGAGGACAAACACUUCGAGAUGAUAAAGGCCUUGUCGAUGCUUCUGAGAGUGAAACAUUUAUUGCCAAGUCUCUUCAAGCAACUGUUUGUGAUCCUAUGCCAGGAAAUGCCGAGACACCGAGAAGUCCUUUAAAUCAAACAGAAGGGAAAGUCAUGCAGCAGGAGGAAAUGCAAGGGACUGUUCUUUCUGGGGCUGAUAUGGAAGGUCAUUUUAGCAUGGACAAUUCUGAUUCCUUGGAACAAGCUAAAACAAAAUCUAAUGCUGAAAAUGUGGGUAAGAGACCGAAAAAUAAAUCAAACAGCAAACAAGCUUCUUCCUCAAAGGACACAUCAGAUAUGGUAACAAACGGUCAUGUUUUUGAUAGCAAGAAACGUGAUGUACAUAGGAUUGAUAAGGCACCAAAUGCACUCAAGACUGGAAAAUUGUCUAGUCAGUCUGAAAGUGCCAUGUCCUCAAUUGAUGAAAAUAGAAAAUCUCGUGACAAUGCUUCUGGAAGAAUGGAUGUGGAAAAACAAAGAGAUCGCACUCCUAUUUCAAACUCAAAGCUGGAAGGUUUCAACCAAAUUGUUCAAAAUAGUAGAGCUAGAAAAACUUCUAGGAAUCAUGUCAUUGGAGUUAAUAACACGCAGCAGAAGAAGAGCUUGUUAGAGGGAGCAAUUUUCAAGGAUGAUAGUAGCAGUGCCUCUGAAGAUGAAGAUGAAGACCAGGUUGAUAAUUCGGAUGCCAGCACUAGAACUCCAUCUAUUAAUUCACUCGCAUCUGAUUUUCUAGACGGGUAUGACAGUCCAGGUCUGGAUUCACAGCAAAACGGUUCUCACGAUGGGAAAAGCCUGGAAAAUAGCAAGGGAAGCUCCUUAAAAGCAAGUUUGUCAGACACAAAAGGAAUGUCAAUUGAUUGUGUUCUUAGAAGCUCAAGCAGGUAUAAGAAAGCCAAAAUUAUAGCCUCUCAGUUGGAUGAAUCUGAAAGUCAGCCGGAUUUUGUUCCAGACAGCUUUGCUGAUAUGUAAUCACAAGUUCCAGCAGGAUUAAAGGAACAGGUAACCUUGCUGAGAUGUAAUCACAAGUUUCAGCAGAAAAGGAACAGCAUUGUGGUAUUUUUGUUCUCCUCUUUAGCUGGUGUCUAGCUGUUGUCUCAUUUUUGUUGCUUAGGCGGGUUUAGGCCAUCUUACCUUCUUUCCAAACAGAUAGCUGAUUCUCUUUUAAGUGUUUGCGGAUCAUGUGGUGGUUUAUGUCAUAAGUCGAAUUCAUUAAAUUAUAACAUUAUGGUAUAUUAUACCAUAGAUAUAUAAACAAAGUGCGUUAAUCAACCAUUACGUUGCUUGGCUAUGUAA